AGCCUACUUUCAGAGUUGGUUGCUGUUCUUGUCUCUUUUGUAUAAAUCUAUCAUGCUGGUUGCUUCAGUUUCAAAGCUUUAAAGGCUAUAAGAAAUCAAAAUUGAUUAAGUAAAUCUUUAUUAGCAGAGACAUAUACUUCGGGCUUAUUUUUCUGUAUAUUCAGGAAAUAUAUAACAGGAAUAUUUCCUUAUAUUCCUGUUCAAAUUCUGCAUAUUUGAACAUUUUGUGUUUCAAUCACUCCCUUUUAACAGAGGGGAACUAAGAACAUUUUUCCAGAUGUUUAGUGACUCUCCACAGCUUAAAACCUGGUGUUUCUAAAGGUUGACAUAGAAGAUGUAGGAAUAGACUAAAGAACAAAAUAGACAGUGCCAUCAUGCCACUGUUGCUGUGCACAGUGCAUUCGUAGCUUGAAUGAAUGCUUUGUGUAUUUUUUCAACUUUUCUGUGUUCUGCCCUGUCUUGAAAGCUGUACAGUGCAACUGGAGAAGGCACAAGAAAGGACACCAAGAGGAGGAGAGAUUCAUAUGGAUGAAGACUUAGUGAAUGACUAAGCAUUUUUAGUACUCUUCAGGCUGAAGGCCUGUGUGUUGACCAUAUCAUGCAAGUGUAUAUUUUGUGGGUAAAAGAUGAUGAAGAUGCUUUUCUCUUGCUUGUCUUUCGUCUAAUAUCAACCCCCACAAGUCCCUCAAAAAUCAGCCUGAAUUAGGGAAUAACUUUGACAUUCUUCAGUGGGAAGCUGGUCUUUUCUGUGCACUUUUUGUAGCCACCUCAUUUCAAGGCAGUGCUGCUCACAAGAAUAAGCUAUUAAUCAUUUUAUUUAGUCUUUAACUUUUCUCUAAAAAGGAUACUGACCUUCAUGAAAGUAUAUUUUUAUUCACUGUUGCUUUUGUAAUGAUGUGUGCAAGAUAUUAUCAUGUAAGAUAUAAUCUUACUGUGCAAGAUAUUAUUGUGGUUCAGUAUUGGCCCUUGAGAAGUCAAACUUUGGGCCCUUCUGGUAAGAUCUGUUUUUUAUUAAUUUUCAUGUUCUCAACUUGUGAUUUUUUUUGUGUAGUUAAAUUUUGGAAUCAGUUUAACUCUGACUAAAAUUGGAUUGGAAAAUAAUUAGCAGAAACAGGCAACUCUUUGUUUUAAGAUGUGAGAAUUAUUCAUCAGCUUAGAGCCUUGGAAAGGAUCAGGUUGAAUUCUCUAGCACUGUCGAGACUGAAGGGCUAUUUUUGAAAAAGUAAGUGACAAUGCUUGGCUGACUGCUCUCAGGUAGUAGGUAAGAUUAGUGCAGUCUGUGACUGGAAGUAGGACAGACAUGUUUUAGUGUUUUAACACUGCUGAGAUUGACAGCUGGAAAGAGCCUUGCAUAGCACUUUUAAAAAAUCAAAUAUUCAGAGAAAAGAGAGUGAGAACAUGCAGUGAAUUCCACUUAUACCUCUUUGAGCUAUUUUUUGAUAUAAAGUUACUGGUGAGAGGUGGAUCACAUUAAAUGUCUUACUGACAAAAAUUGUGCAAAACCCUUUCUGCCACUUUCUCAUAACACUGAGUAGGCUUCUCUUUCCCUCUUUGAAUUAUUGUUUUUUGUGACUUACCAAAACAAUGGGGAGGCUGGGAAACUAUUUUGUGGAGCAGUAAUAAUGUAUUUCCCAUUAUUGGUAUUCCUUAGUCACCUUUUUUCACAUCCCAUAAAAACAGAGUUGGGGGGGGGGAUGUAACUGUAGCAGCAGCACUCUUGGUUAAUGUCUUUAAAGUUGUUCCAUGUUUGCUAAUUUUGCUAUGGCUGCCGUAGAGAUGUGUUUACACCAGUCAAAGAUAUUGUAACUAAUAAGGUGGUGCUGACAGAUACAAAUGCCUGCAAUGUGAAUUUUAUAAACUAUCUGGGCACUCUUGGUAUGUGCUCAGGCUCUCUGCCUGUUCAGAAGCUCAUACUUCUCCAUUUUCCAUGUGGUGAAAAUAGAUUACCUAUAUAGUUUAAUAUGGCAGUACCUAUGUGUAACUAGGGGGUAAAGUUUUCUGUUUGCAGUGUAGGUACACUAAAAUCUGCCCGUAUUUUAACAAUCUAUCUUGAUAUAUUGCUUUACAUUGCUCUUGAUGCAAGUCUUAUGACCAAUAAUUUAUACCAGGCAUUAGGAUUCUCCAUAACAGAAGACUACCCAGAAAUGCUUGUGUAGCUAGCAUUUAUUGUGUUCUGACAGAUAUGAGAACUAUGCAGCUAAAUAUUAGAAUUAAGGAGAAAAUAUUCUUCCCUGAUUUCUUGACAUAUGUGUUGGCCUUUAACUACAUUGUUCUGUUCAAGAAACCUGGAAGUUGUUUACUCUGUUUGUUGCACUGUGUGUGUAUUUUUAUCUAUAAGAAACACAGAGGAGGCAUUGUGGUAUUUUUCAUUAUUUGGCAUUGUGGUAGGACCUAGAAGUAUCAUUGUGAUUAAGAUUCACAAGCAACGCAUACUGUAAAUAUUUUGCUGUAAGUCGCUCUGUAGCAGUGGAACUAUGUUCCAUACAGACUCUUCUUACAGUUACAAUUCUUUGCUUCAUGUGCUGUUCCAGAACUUUCUUACUUGUAAUAAAAAAGACACUAUGCACUGCUGCAGCUCAGACUGAUUCAGAGCUUUCUGUGGUGUUUGCGUAGCUUUUGAGCCAGGCAGUGUAGAGAGCUUGAACUUAGCCUGCAUCCUUUGCUCAGCAAGCACAUGAAAUUGUGUCUCUUUACUCUGCUAUGCUAUUGAACUUUGUGAAACUCAUGGGAAGUUAGUGUUUCAGAAGAUAUUACCUCUCAGUUUAUUUUAACUGGAUCUGGUGGUGAACAGAUUCACUUAGAGGGAUGGAGAUGAAAAGAAGAGGGGGAAGAGGCAGGUGGACAGUAUGAGUCAUGCAUGUGAUGUUUGCUUGGGAAAACAAGGCUAAAAAAGGUCCAAGUAUAAGGCAGACCGGAGCAGGCAGAUGUGUGCAGUGGAAUCAUAGUCAUUUGUCUGGGCCUCUUGCAUAACACUCGUAAAUACAGUUUUUUUCAAACUUCUGUAACGAUACUGUAUUUUUUCUUAGACCCUUACAUGAGGCUGGUAAUGUGUUACAGAUAAUGCACAGAUCAAUUCUGCAGCAUUUGUAGCAAUGGUCAGUGAACGUUCGUGAAAAAAUGCAGAAAAUACUGUUUGUAUAUAGCUUGCUCUCUAUAUCAAUAGGAGUAGAUGAAGAUUUGGUUUUUGAGGUCGAGGGGUGGAAUAUGCAUACAGCUUGGCUUAAGAAGGAGGAUUUAUACUGCAUAUAAAUAUACAGUAAUAUUUAUAUCAUACCCAGUGUGAAGAAUGUUAGAAUGUCCAAAGGAGGAGUAGAGAACAUGACUUAUGAAGGGCAGCACAAGAUACUAUGUUUGCUCGGCUUAGAGAAGGUGAAACGUAGAGGUGACGUCACUGCUGUCUACAACUCCCUUAUGAUGGGGAACAGAUAAGGAGGUGCUGAUCUUCUGGUGUCCAGUGAUAGGAGGUGAGGGAAUUGCUUAAAACUGUUUUGUUUUGGUUGGUUAAUAAGAAAUUCUCUGCUGAAUCAUGGAAUGACGUAUGUUGGAAAGGAUCUCAAAAGCAGAGUCAAGCACUGGAACAAACUCCCCAGGGAAGUGGUCCUAGCCACAAGCUGUCAGUUUGCAAGAAUAAAAUAGAGUGCGAUAUUUCAGUUGGCAGGGACCUACAGGGACCCAUCUAGUCCACCUGCCUGAGCAGUUCAGGGCUGACAGCAAGGCUGAAGCCUAAACCUCUGACAUGGCCACAGCCUCACCAAGAUCUGAUACAAGUCACAACUGUAAUGGAAGAUUACAGAUGCAAGUAACAGUUUCUAGUGCCAAACUGAAACGGAAAAAGAAUUGGUUUGGAACAACUUUCUACACGGAAUUAACUGCAGAUGGAGAAAUUAAGAAAACAGCAAAAUCAAGUAGUUCUUCAAAUCCCAAAUGGGAUGAGCAGCUGACAGUGCAUGUGACUCCACAGACUACGCUGGAAUUUAGAGUGUGGAGCCAUCACACUUUAAAAGCAGAUGCUUUAUUAGGAAGAGCCACUGUAGACUUGAGACAAGCCUUGGAAGUACACAAUAGAAAAUUGGAGAAGGUGAAAGAACAAUUGAAACUCUCUUUGGAAAACAAGAGUGGCAUGGUGCAAACAGGUGAACUGACUGUUGUGCUAGAUGGUUUGGUUGUUGAACAAGAAUCUCUUACAAAUCUCAGUUCAUCAGCAACCAUAGAAGUUCAGCAAAAUGGCGAGGCUGUACAUGAAAGCAGAGAUGCUUCAGCAAGAAGUUCAUCCAGAUCUGCCUGUGACAUUUCUAAUGGGAUAGACAAUCAAGUACCUUCCAGCUCUGUAAUGCAGGAUACAUUCUGUGUAGAAGCUGUUAAUGGAGACAGCACACCAUCUCCUAAUCAUGUUGCAGCCAGACCCAAAAAUACACCAGUACCAAAACCACUCGAAGCUCAACCUGUCAACAGCACUGUUAAUGGUGAGUCAUCUGCCUCUGCACCUGAAGCUGGCAAUUCCUCUGUCUCCGAGGUUCCGAUGGGUUCAGUUGAAGCUCCUGUGUCUUCAGCAGAUUGCACUAAUGAUACAGCAGAACCUCAGUCAGCAACAGAAGCAACUAGUUGUUCUGAAAGCCACGCUUCUGCAUUACCUGUUGUGUCUGCUGGACUGGAACCUGCAGCUGCAACAGAGUGUGCUCAGCCUAAUGCUCGAAACAGCACAGCAGCAGAUGCGGCAAAGCCGAGGGAAUCCUCCUCCACGCCAAGUGCGUCUGCAGAACCCGUAAGACAGCAGCCUGGUAGUGCCAGUACAGAACCUUUGCCACCCGGGUGGGAGCAAAGAAAGGAUCCUCAUGGUAGAACUUAUUAUGUUGAUCACAACACACGAACUACAACAUGGGAAAGACCACAGCCCUUACCUCCUGGCUGGGAAAGGAGAGUUGAUGAUCGUGGGAGAGUUUACUAUGUGGACCACAACACCAGAACAACAACGUGGCAGCGACCAACAAUGGAGUCUGUGAGGAACUUUGAGCAAUGGCAAUCUCAACGGAAUCAGCUGCAGGGAGCUAUGCAACAAUUCAACCAACGAUACCUCUAUUCGGCUUCGAUGUUGUCAGCAGAAAAUGAUCCACUUGGGCCUUUACCACCAGGCUGGGAAAGAAGAGUGGAUUCAAAUGAUAGGGUGUAUUUUGUAAAUCAUAACACAAAGACAACACAGUGGGAGGACCCUCGAACUCAAGGUUUACAAAAUGAGGACCCUCUUCCAGAGGGCUGGGAAAUCAGAUAUACCAGAGAAGGUGUCAGGUACUUUGUUGAUCACAAUACGAGAACCACCACCUUCAAUGAUCCUCGUACUGGGAAAUCUUCUGUAAAUAAAGGGCCACAGAUUGCUUAUGAGCGUAGCUUUAGGUGGAAACUUGCUCAUUUCCGUUACUUGUGUCAGUCCAAUGCGCUGCCAAGUCAUGUGAAAAUCAAUGUAUCCAGACAGACUUUGUUUGAGGAUUCCUUCCAGCAAAUUAUGGCAUUAAAACCCUAUGAUUUGAGGAGAAGAUUAUAUGUUAUAUUUAGAGGAGAAGAAGGAUUGGAUUAUGGUGGCUUGGCAAGAGAAUGGUUUUUCUUGCUUUCCCAUGAAGUACUGAACCCUAUGUACUGCCUAUUUGAAUAUGCUGGCAAGAGCAACUAUUGCCUGCAGAUAAAUCCAGCAUCAACAAUCAAUCCUGACCAUCUUUCAUAUUUCUGUUUCAUUGGGCGCUUUAUUGCCAUGGCAUUGUUUCAUGGGAAAUUUAUUGACACUGGCUUUUCUCUGCCUUUCUACAAACGAAUGCUGAGCAAAAAGCUUACUAUUAAAGACCUGGAAUCUAUUGAUACUGAAUUUUACAACUCCCUAAUUUGGAUAAGGGAUAAUAACAUUGAGGAGUGUAACUUGGAAAUGUACUUCUGCGUGGAUAUGGAGCUCUUAGGGAAAGUAACCUCACAUGAACUGAAAUCAGGAGGUUCAAAUAUCUUGGUAACUGAGGAGAACAAAGAAGAAUACAUUGGGCUAAUGGCAGAGUGGCGAUUUUCUCGGGGAGUUAGAGAACAAACCAAAGCUUUUCUUGAUGGUUUUAAUGAAGUAGUUCCUCUUCAAUGGCUACAUUACUUUGAUGAAAAGGAACUGGAGGUUAUGCUCUGUGGUAUGCAAGAAGUAGAUUUAGCAGACUGGCAGAGGAACACUGUUUAUCGGCAUUACACAAGGAAUAGCAAGCAGAUCAUAUGGUUCUGGCAGUUUGUAAAAGAAACAGACAACGAGGUUCGCAUGCGACUUCUGCAGUUUGUCACUGGUACUUGCAGAUUACCACUGGGUGGAUUUGCUGAACUUAUGGGAAGUAAUGGUCCUCAGAAAUUCUGCAUUGAAAAAGUUGGUAAGGAAACCUGGUUACCAAGAAGUCACACUUGUUUUAAUCGUUUGGAUUUGCCACCGUAUAAAAGCUAUGAACAACUAAAAGAGAAGUUGCUCUUUGCCAUUGAAGAAACGGAGGGAUUUGGACAAGAGUAGAAGUGACUUCUAGUCAAAAAGGAUAUCUUGAAUAAUAAAAGGCCCAGCCAACUAAAAUUGCACACUUAAUUGUAUAUAAGCUUUUUGUUCUGUACAGUGAUCUUUCUGGAACUCUAAAAGUUUAAUUGUUCUCCGUUCUUCCACAAAUAUAUGCAAAACAGUUCAGCCUUUUCUACUUUUAUUUAUUGCCCUUUCAAAGACCAGAAAAACCCCUCCAUAAAUUUUGAAAGCAGACAAGAGACUUAUUUAAAAAAUAUAUAUAUAAAAAUAUAAAUAUAUAUACUAAUUGGCUCUAGUUUUAUAGAGCUUUAAGUGUAUGAAAAGUUGCAGCCAUUUAAAAGGGCCUGGAUUUGCUUUAUCUUGGCUUUAUCAUUCAGAAAAAUGUUUAAACUGCUCAGUGUUCUCUAAAGAAACAUCUCCAAGUUUGUUUUACUGCAUGGCUGUUCUAAAAGGUGUUAAAGGCUUAGGCCAAACGUAUCCUAAAUAUGUAGAAAGAUGCUGCUGGUAUUUGAGACGACAGAAUCUGUUCUUCUGUCAGUUUAAUUUUUUAAAAUACAUAAAUAGCUGAUAUAUCCCUCUCUCCUGAUGUAGCCAAGGUCAUGAAUAAAGCCUUUACUACUUGCACAAGAGUCAUGUACAAUGAAAUGAAUGUGAUUUAAUGUUGAAAGGAAUUGGUGCCACUGUUCUGAAUUACUGCAGGAGCUGAACAGAGUAUUUUAAUUCAUUUGAGCAGCAUUGAAAUUUGUUUACAUAGUACCUUGGGUUAUUACCACAAGGAUGUUAGGUAAUCUUCAAAGAGAAAAUAAUAAAAGAGAAAAUAUUACCCAUUCACUUCUUGGUCUGGUGUCUUGCAGGCUUUUUUUUUUUUUUUUAAUUUGGUUUUGUUUUGUUUGGUUUCCCUUUUCAAUCCGUGAUGUCCUUUUUAUAACUUUGUAGAGUUAUAUUAAUGUAAACUGAGCUAUAAGGGUAUACAAAAGGUAAUGUGAAUUUUGCUGCUUUCUGUGUUCUUGUUCAGUUUCAGAUAUUGGAUCUAGUAAACUCAAAUAAAAUGAAAGUUACUUAAGCUUUGCACAGAUACAAAUAUUAUUUAGUAUUAAAUACUCUCUUUUCUCUAAAAUUCUUACUAAAAUUUAGAUGUAUUUGAAUAAAGUACAUCUAAAACCUGAUAUCCUUUUAUGUAGAUCAGGUUUGUCCUAAGUGCACAAUAAUAUAAAAACAUUUUACAAUUAGUUUUAUUGGCAUUUUAUUGGCAUAUAUUUGCUGAACUGCAAAGACAUGUUUAAAAAAAUACUAAAAUUUAACACCUUCUUCAUGUGAAUUAUAGUAAAUGCUACUUUAAGCAAACUGUGCUUCCUUAUUAUAGAGUAAAAAUGUGUUUUAAAUCACCAUUUGUAAUAUGCUUUAAAUAUUACCUGUAAAUUCCAUUACAUUUAAAUUACACAGAAUUUUGUACACACAUGAAAAUGAUUUUACAAUACGAUUCAACACACUUGUGUUAACAUAUCAUAUUGCACUGUUAAAAGUGUACAUGCAGAAAAAACCAGCUAUAUCUGUUCAUGUAUCUUUCCAAUGCAGCAGCUGAAUUCUGCCAAAAGUUUAUUUUUCUACAUAAUGGAUUGUCUCAAGGCUUUGUAUUCAAUAUGCACAGCUUAUCCUGGAGCUGUAGCUGUACAGAGCUCUGGUCACAGCAGUGGUGCAGCGGGCCCAAACAGACUGCUGUCUUACAUGAACUUUUCUGUAAGAGCUUCAGAAAUUUCCACCACUUUGAGGGUUUUUCAUACACCACCAAAUAUCUUUUGCAAAACCAUUUUAUAUAGCACGAAAUUCAUUUGAAGUGCAAAUCCACUUAAAUUAUCACUUAUGCUGGUUAGAAUGGAGGAAGUUUAAGGAAACAAACCAAGGUCAAAGGCUAGGCACCAGGAGUGUGUGUGUCACUUGCCUAAAAGACAAGGAGGGCUAAAUGUCACAGUUAAUGAAUUUGCACUAAUGAAUGACUUGGUGACCCACUACCAACUGCUGAAUUUUGUGAAUCUGUGAGUAACUGAACGAAAUAAAAAAGACAGCACACCACAAUAA